AUGGGUGCCCUUCUGAGAAAUUUUUCAUGGAAAUGGGGGGUCAGACAGGGUGAUCCCCUUUCUCCUAUGAUUUUCAUUAUUGCUGUCGAAGGUUUUAGGGCUCUUUAUGCAUCAGCUACUUCUAAAGGUCUAAUUGAUGGUAUUUCAGUUGAUGGCUAUGCCAAUCCGGUUUCUAUUCUUCAGUUUGCAAAUGACACCCAUAUUUUUAUCUCACAUGAUCUGGAGCAGAUUCGAAAUAUUUUGAGAAUUCUUUGUUGUUUUGAAUUGGUCUCGGGCCUUCAAAUAAACUUCAAUAAGUCUUCUUUAAUCGAUUCUAGUGCCCUUUGGUUUUCAGUCAUUAACAAUAGCUUGGCAAUUAAUUUUUGGUUUGAUCUCCUAUCAGUUAAUUAUUUAGGGUUGUCUCAUAUGUGGCGUGGAAAUGUCUCCGCUUGCAUUGAUAAUUAUGUUGCCUGUGAGGUUUUUGUUUCUCAAAUAUCGACUAAAGUGGAAGAUGGUUCAAGCACAAGAUUUUGGCGGGAUAAGUGGUUGGGUUCAAAUGCUUUACAUCGGGAAUUAGGUCUUUAUUCAGAAUCCGUAAAUAUUCAAACAUGUUGGUCAACACUGCUUCAGUCGGGAAUGGUCAGUCUUCUCAACAAGAAGAUGGCGAGCUCAUAUGGUACUGUUGGGGGAACAAAUUUUAUCCGAAUGAUAUGGGCCACAAAACUUUCUCCUCGAGUUCAAUUUUUUCAUUGGCUUCUAGCUCAAGACAUAAUUUCUUGUAAUGCAGUUUUGGCCCAGAGAGGAAUUAUUCCAGAGGUAAACAACAACUAUUUACUUUGUUUGCAGGAGGAGAUAACAACUCAUAUUUGCUUCAUUGUCAUUUUGCAUGGCAAAUGUGGUCGCGUGUUGUGUUUGAGCAAUAACACUUGGCUAGGGAUUCUAUUCGCUUCGAGCUUUCUUGCCAUGAUAGACGAAGAACGGGCUUUCCCGAAUCCUGUGAGAAAGCCUUAG